AGAGGUAUUGUGUCAAUUAAUUAUGGCCACAAGAAUAUUUUAGUAUCAUGUCUGACAGCAUGGGCUUUAGCAUCACAUUUGCAUAGGACUUCAAUACAUUUGCUCAGAUUACGAUAUUCAAUUAAAAAAAAUCAGCAGAUGCAUAUUCAGAAUGUAAUUUGAAAAUAUAAAUCUGGACAUGAAAUUUGAAUAAUAAUAAUAAUAAUAAUAAUAAUAAUAAUGAUAAUAAAUAGCAAAAAUAUCCAGAUAGCACACGUACGUCUGCAAGAUGUCUGUUAAAGAUCUCUUGAUCUGGAAAGCAUCUGCUGUCUAAACGUCUGACAAACGUCUUUCAGAUGUCAGUUUUACACACAUUCUAAAUCGUAAACAUCUUAAAGACAUCUAAUAGACGUCUAUUUGACAUCUAAAAGGAAACGUCCAAUAGACGUAUUGCAGAUGAGCAAACACUCGUCUCCGUCAAAUAGACGUCUCCGAGAUGUACGUGUGCUAUCAGGGAUAGGUACCCCAAAUUUUAUAUUUUAAGCAAACAUUUCAAAGUCAAAAAAAAAUAUAUAUAUAUAUAGGCUACACUGUACACAUCUUUAACAUAUGUACUUCAGAAUGGUCUUCAACAUAUAAACUUGAUAUAGGCCUAAUAUUAACAUCCUUAUGGUGUUUGUGUGGUAAUUUAGACAUGAUAGGCCUAUAUCUUUACAACAUUUGUUUCAAAACUACAGCACGAGGACAUACGGGUCUUAAAAUAAUAAUAAUAAAAAAAUAAUUUUAUUUCUUUAUAAAUUUACAUAUUUGACAUGCUGCUAGCUGAUGUGAAUCGUCAGUGUUACUAAAGUCAACGGUUAAUAUUACACUACUGCCAUUCGAAGAAUCGCCUGCGUAAAUUUAAAUCUCGCGAUGCUUCCGCUGUGAAAGCCGCCGUUUUUAAAAAAAUACCGCGAAUUGACUGAACAGACGGUUAUUAGGCUACGGUAACCUCCGUACUAAAACUAUAGCAAAAAACAAAACCUUGCUUGAAAGUCAGACAGCCCGAAAAGAUACAAAAUGGUGGAAACAUGGAUUUGGAAAUUAUCUCUCCAAAAUGGAUGGUGAGAAUGAUUUAUGAGGAAAACUGUCCCAGUUUCGAUGACCUAAACUAAAGAGAAGGUGUGCUCACCUUGCACCCUGAGAUGUGCCACAACAGAGGUUCCUUCUGCCUCACAAGAGUAUAUCCCCCCAUCCUGGGGCUCCACACAGCUAAUGUACAACCGCGCAACAGUCCAGUCCUGUUCCACUAUCACCCUGCGACCGUCUGCUUGCACAGGCCUACCUAAAAUCUCCCUCCAACUUUUCUUGCUCAACCAGCAUGGACACGAUGGGUCCUAUCAAGAUCUUGUUGAUGAUGGUUCCAACCACAAAGUAGCCAAAGAUGCUUACAAAUCCAAUCCAGCCAGCACUGCAGCACCGAAAAGAAUGAUUGAAGAGUCAGUCCGCAACAGCAGCGCCAUGGCAGACAGAAGACAACUGUUUGCUGAAAUGCGUGCACUAGAUCUGGACUCUAUCAGAUUGUCCACAUACAGGACGGCAUGCAAGCUGAGAUUCAUUCAGAAGAGGUGCAAUUUGCAUUUGGUGGAUAUCUGGAAUAUUAUCGAGGUUUUCCGGGAAAACAGACUCAACUCCAUGGACCUCAACACAGAGUUCUCAGUGUCACAUUUGCAAGCAAUACUGUCCACCGUCUUUUACCAGCUAAACAAGCGCUUGCCCACAACCCACCAGAUCAAUGUAGACCAGUCCAUCUCGUACCUCCUCAACUUCCUGUUAGCGGCCUAUGACCCGGAAGGAGUGGGAAAGAUCUCGGUUUUCGUGGUGAAGAUGGCCCUGGCUGCUCUCUGUGGAGGGAAGAUUUUGGAUAAACUAAGAUAUGUAUUUUCACAGAUAUCAGACCCAAACGGAGUGAUGAUAUACUCACAGUUUGACCAGUUCCUAAGAGAGGUACUGAAACUGCCCAUGACGGUUUUUGAGGGACCAUCUUUUGGCUACACUGAGCAGUCCACAAGAACCUGCUUUCCGCAAGAGAAAAAGGUCUCGCUCAAUGUGUUUCUUGACACGUUCAUGUCGGAUCCUCCUCCUCAGUGUCUGGUUUGGUUACCGCUGAUGCAUCGGCUGGCCAAUGUUGAGAACGUCUUCCAUCCUGUGGAGUGCUCCUACUGCCACAGCCAGAGCAUGAUGGGAUUCCGCUACCGUUGCCAACAAUGUGAUAAUUACCAACUCUGCCAAGAGUGUUUCUGGAGGGGCCAUGCCUCGGGCAGCCAUAGCAACCAGCACCAGAUGAAGGAGUACAUGUCAUGGAAAUCUCCAGCUAAGAAGUUGUCAGACGCUCUCAGUAAAUCUCUGAGUUGUGCCUCCAGUCGAGAGCCUCCUCACCCAACGUUCUCCGAAACACCUGAGAAACCACUCAACCUCACUCAUGUUGUGCCUCCCAGACCCGCGACCAGUGGAAAUGAAUACAUACUCUCUCACUCCAUGCCUUCCUCAGGAAACCCUUACUCCAGCAAAACAGGAGCUCACGAUGAGACCAAACAAAUACAGUUGUAUUCCCGGACAGCCCCAGAUCUUUUAAAAGGGAAAGGGGUUCAGUACAGCCUCGAUAUUGCGGAUAGGCUCGCUGAUGAGCACAUACUUAUCGGACUUUAUGUGAAUCUCCUCCGAAAGGACCGUUCAUGUUUCCAGGAGAGCUGUAAAAACCAAGAUGAUGAACACUUCCUCAUUGCCCGUUAUGCCUCCCGAUUGGCUGCUGAUGGAGCUGCCGCGAAGACCAGAGUCCCGGCGGACAUCUCUCUGUGUCUGGACUCCAACAAACAGCAGCGACAACUUAUCGCCGAGCUAGAGAACAAGAACAAGGAGAUUUUGCAAGAGAUCCAACGCCUGAGACAACAACAUGAAGAAGCUUCCCAACCUCCGUUAGACAAAAGCCAACAAAACCCAACGUUACUGGCUGAACUGAGACUGCUCAGGCAGAGGAAGGAGGAGUUGGAGCAGAGGAUGUCGGCCCUUCAGGACAGCCGUCGAGAACUCAUGGUCCAACUAGAGCAGCUCAUGCUUCUGUUAAAGGAAGAAGAGCUAAAAAGAGCUAACCAGGGCCCUGGCCCCUCUCCUCGCUCCUCCCCCAGCCACACCAUCAACACAUCCAUCCAAUCAGUGUCCGGCAAUACCACACCCAUCCCCAUGCCCGUCCAAUCAACAUCCGGCAAUACCACGCCCAGUCAGACACCGCAGGACUCGCUCAUGGGCCUGGGAGGAGAGGUGCAGCAGGCCUUCUCUCAGGGCUCCAGAAGGAACUUAAGAAAUGAUCUCCUGGUAGCUGCAGACUCCAUAACCAACACAAUGUCUUCAUUGGUGAAAGAACUUAACUCGGAGGCGGGAAGUGAAACAGACGGCAUCUCUGACCUCACGUUCCCAACAUCAGAUGUUCUCCACGCCAGGAGCUCUUCAAGAUCAGGGGCAGCAGGUAAGCUGGAGUCUGGGGAUUUCUAUGGACAUGAUCUGGAAAAGCAGCUGAACAGAGAGCUGAAGAUGGAGGAACGUCUCAGACACACACCGGAACAGGACAAGAACAUCCUGGUGACUUUACAAGAAUAGCUGCGUUUUAAUAAGCAAUCGGAGGAAGAUUGAGCGACUCUGAAGCACUGUGCAACCAGGCCUGAGCUGGAACAUACCACACUUCUGAAAAGCAUCAACAAUACUGUGGUACACAACCCAAUCUAUAAAUAUAGAAAUAUAUUUUUAGAAUCUACAAGAUGUUUUAAGACAAAACUGUGAACCGACUUUGGAAAUUACAAAUAAUGGAACUGUCUACAACACCGCCAGUGCCAUAAAUCCAGUGAUUAUGAGAUUAUUUCAUUUCCUUGGUGUUAAUGUGUUCGGUUUGGUUUAUUUCCGUGUGUAUCUGUUCAGACUUGUACUGUAUUUAAAUAUCUGUUGGGUAAAGUGGGGGUGAUCUUUAAUGAAGCUGCUAUCUUUACAAACGACAUCUUUUAUUGUACGUUUAAGAGCAUAACAGCCUGAUCCGAUGCUCUUUUAAAGCAUAUAUUAAAAACAAGAGUAGGAUUAUGUUGUAGUUUCAGUUUCUCUUUUUGAGAUUUGAGAUUUUCUCAUAGUGUUUGAUACACAAAUACACUGCCUUAGCUUAUCAGACUUAUUUUAAUAGAUGGAUAGGUAUGUGUACUUUGUUGCAAUUUAUUCAUUUUUAAAGACAUUAUAAUUAAUAAGAACAGUCCAGAAACAGGUGAAUCUCAUAUAUAUGUCACCACUUAUUUUUUUCACUGUUAUUUUAACAUUUAUGGGUUUUUUGUUUUGUUUUGUUUGUUCGUUUGUAGGUUUAUUUAACUUUAUUUUUAAUAAAUUCUCAAAAAUAAAAAUGUAAUAUGUUUUGCAUGAAGAAAAUAAAUCCUGUUUUUAGGAACAUUACUAUUUCAUAUAUAUGCAUGUAUGUAUGUGUAUAUAUGUAUAUGUAUAAUAUAUAUAUAUAAUAUGCAUUAUUGCAAUAUUAUUUAUUAAAUUAUUUAUUCUCUUCUCUUCAUGUAAAAUAUAUUUCAUUGUUCUGGUUUCUUUCAGCAUUUUUUUUUUCUUUGGAUUUUAGAGUCUAUUGCAUGUUUUUUGACAGGUUUCAUGAGAUUCACCCAAAACUUUGUACCUCUGCAUUCAGUGGAAGAUAUUAUUUGACUCCAAAGAGCACACAGUACAUUUACCAUGCUCUAUUAUUUAACUUGCAACGUUUUAAAUGUUUUAAGAAACAAUGAAACAGACAUUUUUGAGACAAAUAUAUGUGACCGCAACUGACACUACUGAAUGUGCUGUUAUGUUGAUAAAGGAGCGACAAGAUGAAAAAGCAUAUUUAGGUGUAAGAUAUGUUGAUCUAGAACAGAAUUUUCAUGCUUGAUUUGAUUUUGUCAGUGAAUAUGAAUUCCUUGUAAAGACCGUCUGUAGUAGACGGGUUAAGGAAGACUGGUUUGGCUUUGACCAUCUCCAGACUCUUUCGUUGAUGUGUUUUCUUUGAUAUGCUACUGUCACACUGCAGCGCUCACAUUCUUCUCACAGUCUACUCAGACAGGCAGUUACACACCAGAACAACAACAACAACAACAUAAAAAGCAGCAUCCGCACCCUGCUGCCAACCAUUGCACUUUUCAGUGAUUUUGCAUGGAACUAAAGAAAAAUAAAAAAUAUUAUGUUGUACAAGUAUCAUCAAGUGUCCAAAUGUCAUGUUUAAUGUUAUUUCAUAAAAUCUAUAUCUGUCACUAUAUUUUCCAUGUCUUUAGAGUUUGUUCCAUGUUGGUUAAAACUCAUCCUUCAUUUCAAAUAAUUUUGCACACAGUGCUGUUUUGAAUUGUCAUAUGUUGAUGCAAUAUACACAACGGCCACUA